UUUUUCUCAUACUUCAUUUUUUAUUAUUAUCAGUUGUUACAAUUUUUUGAUAAAGCAUUCAUAUCAAAUUUUUCCCUAUUUUUAUUUACGGGCUACAUUUUGGUGGGCACAAAUUUAUUGAACGCUCUAUAUAGACAAUAAGCAUCUGUAUAUUGUACAUCAAAUCAGCAAACUAUUGAAGAAGUAUAAGUAUAUCUGUAAUCUAAAGUAAUCCAUACGGUGAAUGUAGUGUAUUCUAACAUAUUAAUAUUAAUAUGGCACAAAGUAAAAAACUAAUUAGGCUUCCAUUUGCAUGCAAAUUAUUUAAAAAUAACAGCAAUGUUAGAUCAAUAAGUUCAUGGUGGUCUCAGAUAGAAAUGGGUCCACCAGACCCAAUUUUCAGUCUUACAGAAAGAUUUAAAGCAGAUACACAUCCAAAUAAAGUUAAUUUAGGAGUUGGUGCUUAUCGAGAUGAUGAAACUAAACCAUUUAUUUUGCCAAGUGUACGAAUGGCAGAAGAAAGAAUUAGAAGUAGAAAUAUGGAUAAAGAAUAUUUAGCAAUUGCGGGAAAUGCAGAAUUUUGUAAACUUAGUAUUAAGUUAGCACUUGGUGAACAUAGUAAUAUUGUUGAUGAAGGUUUGACUGCUACAGCUCAAACAAUUUCUGGUACAGGAGCACUUUCUCUUGGAGGACUCUUUCUCACACGUUUUUUUACUGGCAAUAAGGAGAUAUAUUUACCAGUACCUACAUGGGGAAACCAUGCUCCAGUAUUUACAUUUGCUAAACUUCCAGUAAAACAGUAUUGUUAUUAUGAUCCAAAAACAUGUGGAUUAGACCAUAAAGGUCUUUUAGAAAAUUUAUAUAAAAUUCCAGACAAAUCCAUUAUUCUUCUUCAUGCAUGUGCUCAUAAUCCUACUGGUGUCGAUCCUAAACCAGAACAAUGGAAAGAAUUAGCAGAAUUAGUAAAAAAGAAAGAACAUUUCCCUUUUUUGGACAUGGCAUAUCAAGGGUUUGCCACAGGUGAUACAGAUAGAGAUGCUUUUGGUGUUCGACACUUUGUAAAAGAAAGAAUUCAAUUUGCUCUGGCUCAAUCAUAUGCUAAAAAUAUGGGCUUAUAUGGUGAACGUGUGGGAACAUUUACAAUGGUUUGUGCUAACAAGGAUGAAGCAAAUCGUGUUUUUUCGCAAUUGAAGCUUAUAAUUAGACCACUAUUUUCUAAUGCACCAAUUAAUGGUGCCAAAAUUGCUUAUGAAAUCUUAGAAAAUGCCCCAUUGAGAGAACAAUGGAUGGUUGAUAUAAAAACAAUGGCUAACCGUAUUAUAUCUGUACGUCAAAAGUUGCAUGAUAAUCUUAAGAAAAUGGGUAGUACCCGUGAUUGGAAACAUAUUACAGACCAAAUUGGAAUGUUUUGUUUUACUGGCCUUAAUCCUAAUGAGGUAGAGAAGCUUAUUAAUGAUUAUCAUAUUUAUUUGACAAAAGAUGGUAGAAUAUCUAUGGCAGGAGUAACAUCAAAAAAUGUGGAAUAUAUAGCAAAAGCUAUAUAUGAUGUUACAAUAUAAUUAAAUAUUUCUACCAAUGAGUAGGAAACUCUGUCAAAUCCUGUCCUUAAUUUUCAAAUACAUUACACAUAUAAACAAAAUAGUAUAGAUAUACGUACACAUUAUAUCAAAUGCAUUUAUUCUCGCAUGUUAUUUUUAUAAAAAAAAAACUGCAGGCAGUGUAAUAUUUGUAAUGAUAUAUUAAUAUAGAAUAAAUUUUAUAUUAUA